AUGGAGGCUGGCCCCGGGCGGCGAUGGCUCAUCGUGGGCUGCAAGGGCGAUGGUGAGGUGAACGUGCUGGCGGACUUUGACAGCUGCGAGUGGUUUAUGGUCUAUGACACGCUCGGGGUCGCGAAGGCCGGGGGGAAGUGCUUCCUGGUGAAGUCCGUGACGGAGAAGCAGGCCGAGCGCUCGUUGGACGCGCGUGUGUUGCGCAUCCUGAUCGGUUUCGACGGCGACAGGCGGCGCGUCUUCAAGGACGCAGUACGGGGCAUGUCCGAGACGGACGCACAUCCCCGCGCCAUGCGCAGUAAGUCGCGCGCGGAGUGCGGCCUGUCGGCGAUCGACGCGGGCGUCUCGGAACACGAGCUGGCGAUGAGGGCGCUGGAGCUGGGUGCCACCUUCGACCAGCUCAGCCUGACGGAGCUGGCGCUGGCGGGGCUGCUGUGCUUAGAGGACGAAUGCCUGUACAUGGGGACCUCGGAGACGCGAGAGUUCCUCAUGGUGCGCCCUCUGCUGGUGGAUCACAUCCAGGCGGGGCCGCGCAAAGUGGCGACGCUCAUGAAGGAGAAACGGAAACUCCGAGAGGAGCGGAUGCUCUCUCGCGGGCAGGGAUUUGCCAGCGACGGCGACGGGAACAAAGCGCUGCGCGACAAGGUGGCAGCUCAGGCCGUGGAGAUCAGCAGGCUCCAGGCGCAGGUCAAAGGCCCCCAGGCGGCAAGCAUGCCGGAUGAGGCGGCGGGGCCACUUGAGUCCAUGGUGGUCGCCCGGGAGCUGCUGCCGUGCCCAGUGCCCGUCCCUGGCCGCCCCCCAGAUGGCGGCUGCUGCCGGGCGGUGCGCUCUCGGGCGCGACGGCGUCAGUACGUUGGUCAGUGGCUCUCAGCGGCUUUGCAUGCCGUCAAUAAAUUCAUUGUGCGGCCAUGGUGUUUCCCGACAGGAUCCCCGGGCGUCGUGCUCCCAGGUCGCAGGCAUUGA